UCCAGCCAGUCGCAGAGGAACCCAACAGGCAGUGGAAGACAGAUACUAUCUAGUAAAAAACGAAAAAAUAGUUUUGUAAUUAUUGUGCUUGUUUUUAGUUAUCCUAAAAAUCCUACUAGGCAGUAUUAUCAACAAUCAAGCGACGUUCGUUGUUCCGCUACCGAAUUCUACCUAUGUAUCCUUCGCAGUUAAUAAAUUUUGCGAUUAUCAGCUGAGGAGCAACUGGAACAUCAGUUCACAUAUUACUGCCUGAGCAAAGAAAGACAACGGAAUAUAGUACCCCGACCGUUUUACGGCUGUGGAAGUGGUUUUAUUUUUUUUGUGUAGUGAACGGUUCUGAUCAAACCAGAGCAAAAUCAAGUUUGUGAAGGUCUUCGCAAAAAAGACGAGAAGUAAACAUAACACCACUGCUCUUUUUGGGGGUAGUUAGGCAAUAGGAUAUUUUGCAACUGUGAACAAAGCGGAGACGCGGUUAUGGAAUUCCGUCAUAUUUCAAUUUGAUUCGUUAUCAUCGUUAUUCGCCAGAUUAAGAGUACAACCUGCAAACCUGCCUCACGAUGGGACUUUUAUUUGCCAAGCUGUGGAGCCUGUUCGGGAAUGAAGAACACAAACUAGUGAUGGUCGGUCUGGAUAAUGCCGGCAAAACCACCAUCCUGUACCAGUUUCUGAUGAAUGAAGUUGUCCAAACCAGCCCGACGAUCGGAUCCAACGUGGAAGAGAUCGUAUGGAAAAACAUCCAUUUUCUGGUGUGGGAUUUGGGAGGCCAGCAGAGUUUACGGGCAGCAUGGAGCACGUAUUACACAAACACAGAGUUUAUCAUAAUGGUGAUCGAUUCGACGGACCGUGAACGAUUGGCGGUGACGCGGGAAGAAUUAUACAAAAUGCUGCAGCAUGAAGACUUAACCAAGGCUAGUUUGCUUGUGUACGCCAAUAAACAGGACCUACAAGAAUCUAUGAGUGCAGCGGAAAUUUCCAAACAGCUAGAUUUGACAUCAAUCAAAAAGCAUCAGUGGCACAUACAAUCGUGCUGUGCGUUAACAGGCGAAGGGCUUUACCAAGGUUUGGAAUGGAUAGCUCAAAGGAUUAAAAAGAAAUGACACCCUCCCGAACAGUGAACCGAUGCAACCAAUCAGGGAAUAUUCGACGAAAUACUGGCAGAAAGCAAGUGAUAGUUGUACGCUAAUCAACAUCCUUAUCCUAAACCCCCCUGUAUAAAAAAAAACAUUUGUAACAAAUUGUGUCAAGGGCAGUAACAAAUUACUCAAGAUGGUGUUAGAAAAGUGGCAUUUGUGAUCUACAGAGUUGAGCACCUAUCAUACUUCGCUUUAAUAAAGCCUGCCCCCACCCUUCCACUCCUGUUCGUUAAUUAUAAAUACGUAAGCUGAAACUUGACAUUACUUGCACCAACCACUAUCACACACACAGAACAGGGAGAAAACCUCACAAAUACCUUACAUGCUGCUAGAUAGAGCCAUGCGCGUCAAGGAAAUCCCCAUAGCACUUGUUGCUUUUCCCUGCCCGUAGAUAAGUGUUUUAUUUCUGAUUUAUAAUUUAAUAUAGGUAUGAAGUGAAUCAAGGCGAAAAAGGUGAAAAAUUUAAAAAAAAUACUAUUACAUUAUCAGUUAAUAAAAAAACCCUUAAAAUCCUCA